AUGGAAAAUCCAUUUCUCAUCUACGUGACUCGAUCAGAAAGAGCAAAACUUUUUCGAAAAAUCAUUGAUGUCGAGUCUCCCUUAUCUCCUGAAGCUACCGAUAAGGUUCUUGCCACAAUCAAAUCAGAUGGAUUUCUACUAGAAGGGCUCACGGACAAAGAAAAGAGGCAAAUGCUUGCUCUAGCUCGCCAUAUCUCCGCCACACCUUGGCCGUUUCCACCUGUGUCAGCCGCUGUCCCAGAUUCCACUCUUCCCGGUCCAGCGUCUCUUGCCUCAUCUCAGACAGUGGUACUCCCUGCCCUUUCUUCGCCUUUAAACACAUCUAGAAAAAUUGAUUUUGAUGUAUCUCUGCCUGAUCAAUUUGUGUCUCCCAUAUCUCAUGAUGUUUUUGAUGUUCAAACUCUGCCUGUACCUGGUGAUCCUUAUGAUCCUUUGUCUCACAAUUUACCUAGGGAAAAUGUUGAUUUAGUUGCUUUAUCUGACUUAGUAAAUUCCUUGCCAUCUGCGUUUUCCAUUCGAAAUGUUGCCCAACAUGUGUCUGUUCCAACCGUGGCUUGUUCGGCCUUUUCUAUUCCCAUUACUAUUGCUGCGUCUAAAAGUCACUCUGAUCCUGUACCCAUUCCUAUUUCAUCUACGCAAGAAUCGGUUCCCAUUAUCUCUGUUCCUAUUGCUAAAUCUUCCCGAAAGGGAAAGGAGAAAAUCUCUGUUUCAGGUACUGCAGAAAAGAGAGGAUUGUCACAGUUGGAUGAUGUUGAAACUCAAACUGAUCAUAAACUUCAACGGAAGGGUUCCACAUUGCCACCCAGAACAACUUGGUCAAGAGCCCAAGUUGACACACAUGCUGUUCCUACGCCAUCUGGCUCCAAAUCGAAAGGAUCAAGCAAGGUCUACAAACCGCAUCUUCUGUCUCCCGAUUUAUUUGUUGUUUGGAAAACUCAUGUCAACCGGGUUUUCAUCGUCGAAAAAUCCAUCAAUGAAGAGGAUUUGGCUGCCAAGUGCAAUAUUAUCCCGCUGUUACGUUAUCAAAAUUUGCUUGCCCCUCUACGCCAUAUUGGUCCCUACUCUACAUGGCUAGCACGAUUUCAUCAAGUUUUCAUUCGUGGCACUUGGUAUCCUUUCGGGCCUACUGAGAUUAAUGCAUAUUUGGGCACACCAAAUCAUCCUGCUUCUCCGGAUCCUAGUCCUCACUUGUUGGCAACUGCACUCACUCAUAAUAAAGUGGUUUCAUGGUCGAGUGAUGGAAUUUCAAGCUUGAAGCUCACAACUGUCUACUCCGUGCUUCUUCGCCUUGCAUCGGCGAAUUGGGUCCUGGCAGUCCGUCGCCAUCAAAAAGAAGCCAAAGUCCAUCUCCCUUUUCCGUGUUUGAUUUAUGGGGUGCUUCAAGACCAUGGUUUUAUGCCCUAUAAGGAAGAAGUGAUUACAACUCCUAACAAUGCUUACAUUUUUGAUGAUCGACUUAAACAACGAGGUCAUUAUGAUGAUCGAGCUUCACUUGAUCAGCUUCCUGCUAUUCCACCUCCAGCGCCACUAGUUUCUGCGCCAGCCUCAUCUACUGACACUACGUCAGCUUCUCGUCCAGGCUCAAGACUGGUUCCCAAAGAACCCCCAACAUUGGUUGAUCGUAGGCAGAUUGUGCUCACUCUUGAGGCCUCUAUUGCACAAGUUCAACAAUCGGUCACCCCUCAACAAGCAACCAUCUCUGGCCUUGCAAAGCUUCGUGAUGCACAACUCGAAGAAAUCGCUCGCAUAGAAGCUAUUCACGCUCGGGUUUUAGCUGACACUGGAGCUGCUUCCUCGGAUUCUGACUCCGAAGAUGAAGAAGAUGAUUCAGACUCGGGCACCCCGUCUGCACGGGCUAUUUUUGGAAGUGUUAUUGCUAGUCAGUAUGGUAAUAAUGGACUUAUAUUGACAGAAAAUCAGAAUGGAAAUUCAGUCGGAGCUUUUUCGAGCCAAAGUCCAGCUCAGAUGAACAUGAAUUCGAGUCCAAAUCAUGCUCAACGAGCUGCUGAUGAAUUCGAUGAUCCCUGGUACCUGCAUAUUACAGAAAAUCCUAACCUGAUCCUGGUUUCUCCACCACUGUCCGAGGUGAAUUAUGCGUCCUGGAGCAGAUCAAUGAAGAUAGCUCUUGAAGUCAAAAAUAAAUUUGGAUUUGCAGAUGGAUCCAUAUUGAAACCUGAGAUAAAUGAUCCGAAGUACACUAUUUGGAAGAGAUGCAACAACAUAGUGUGCUCCUGGAUCUUCAAAUCGCUGAGUCCUACGAUUGCAGAAGGAGUUUUAUACCUUGAAGUUGCAUCGGAUGUCUGGAAUACUCUGAAGAAGAGGUAUUCUCAGGUUGAUUCACACAGGAUUGCUGAAUUGCAGAAUGAGAUCUUAUAA